AUGGCGGAAAACGAGCUCAAAUGGUACGACAUCUUCGUGGUUCUUUUUGGAACCGUUUUAAGCAUUGCCGACCCCAUCACUGACAUUCUUACACUGGUGGAAUUCUACCGCACAGAUCACAAGACGUGGUUCGGUGUGGGGCUUACAUUCAUUAUUUUGCCAAGUUUCUUUUUUCUUUUAAUUAACUACGAUAUAAACGAGGAUUCAUGGAGUGAUGAUGCAGAGUGCCAGUCUAAGGCUUGCAAACUCACACAUAUUUUAGUCCUUGGCUUCAAUCCACUCCUUCCGGCCUGGCUGAAACUGCGAAUGCUUUAUUGCUACCUAAAGAAGUUACUAAAACUCUGGCAAGGUAAUAACAUCGAUCAAACGGAUGAAGACUUGGAUGAUCUACUGGGGUUCAGCAAAGUCGGUGUUCUGGCCGAGGCCUCUCUUGAAUCAGCUCCUCAGUUUAUUAUUCAGUUGAACGCCAUGGCUGUUCAACAGCAAUCUGUGUCGAUCAUUCAAAUGGUUUCCCUGCCUGUGUCUUUCCUGAGCAUUGCUUGGGCGUCUACUGUUGCUGAUGAGUUUAUUCACCAUGACAUGUACAAGGGACACCUCAAUUUCAGCGUGAAAGAUAGAGUUCUACUUUUUGUAACGCACUUAUUUAUUUUAAGCAGUCGACUCUUUGCAGUUGCUUUGUUCACUGUAAGCUAUAAGUGGUGGGUUACCAGUGUUUUGAUCCUUCACUGUACGGUGAUAACGAUAUGUGACAGAGUUUUGUUUCAUACAGCACAAAGCGCUGACGACAACAUCACACGAUUUCUGUCGGUUAUGUAUUUCUGCCUCCAUUGGCUACGAGAUGAUUCAGUGCAAUUAAUUGGCGACUACGCCUACGCCGGAUCUCCGUUGAUCUCCAACGCGCUGUUUGUGAUAGAAAACAUCACCAUGAUCCUGUUGUUUUAUUUCAGUCAUUUCCCCCACACCUGGUACUCCUUGCCAGUCACCAUCUGCGUCUGUUUAUUUGCUGUUCUUGGAGCCGUAAUGAGACUUACUCACUUCUAUUUUUUAUAUAAGGAGUCAGAUGAUCAAGUAAAUAAUACCGAUCGAGUGCAGCAGCAAUCGCAUAGUAAUUCCGUCGAGGUUGCAGCAACAUAA